ACUUCACCUGCUGCUAUCUUUAUUGAACCUGCGGUCUUGCCUGUUGAGUUCUCUCGCGAUGGUGUGCGCGUGAAAUGUCUCCAGACAUGAAGUUUGGCGCGCGCCAUCUCAUAAAACGUUAAAACUAUUUAACCGACAGAAGUGGCGUAUGUUUUCAAGACAUUUUUCACAUUUAGAAGACAACUUCAUUACCGCCGAUAUAGACGAAGAGUCGCAGUGAGACACUACAGCUGCUUAACGGACUGUUUCAGAUGGAGACCGUCACAUGAGAUCUGAUGUCAUACGGGACGCUCGCACGGCGGAGGCAGCUGCUCUCGUAAGGUGGCAGUCAGUCAUCAGUUGAAUAGGAGCGGGCCAAAGAAAUCAACGCAUUGCGCACAGACCCCAUUGUUGUUUUAAAAGCUUGGGCUUUUCAAUUUAAAUUUGCGGUUUGCAGUUUAUAAUAAGACGAUGGACAGCAACGUGGUGCAGAUUUUUAAGGAGGACAAAUGCCCCUCAUCGCACCUCGAGAAUUGUUUACCCAACUUCACAUGGCAGUCUGCUGUCUCGGACAUUUAUAACUAUUCACUGAAUGAAAGCUGGACGAACGAGCAGGAAACUAUGUCUCCUAUUAUUCCGAUCAUCACUGCCGUGUAUUCCGUGGUGUUUGUUGUAGCACUAGUGGGAAACUGCCUGGUGAUGUAUGUCAUUAUCAGAUACACUAAAAUGAAAACCGCCACAAACAUCUACAUCUUCAACCUGGCUGCUGCAGAUGCCUUGGUAACCACCACCAUGCCCUUUCAAAGCACAGAUUAUCUGCUGAACUCCUGGCCGUUUGGAGAGGUGGUUUGUAAGGUGUUCAUCUCCAUCGACUACUAUAACAUGUUUACUAGUAUCUUCACCUUGACUAUGAUGAGUGUGGACCGCUAUGUGGCCGUCUGCCACCCCGUCAAGGCCCUUGAUUUCCGGACACCGAUGAAAGCUAAGAUCAUCAACAUCCUCAUCUGGGUGCUGUCCUCGGCUGCUGGGAUCCCUGCAAUGGUUCUUGGGAGCACUCAAACAAACAAUGGCACUACAGAAUGUGCUCUGCAGUUUCCAGACCCGUAUCUCUACUGGGACACAUUGAUGAAGAUCUGUGUUUUCAUCUUUGGUUUUGUGGCUCCUCUCCUCAUCAUCACGGUGUGCUACACGCUCAUGGUCCUGCGUCUCAAGAGCGUACGUCUGCUGUCGGGCUCCCGGAAGAAAGACCGCAACCUGAGACGCAUCACCCGUCUAGUGCUGGUUGUGGUGGCUGUGUUUGUGGUGUGCUGGACGCCCAUACACAUCUUCAUCCUAGUCAAAGCUCUUGCGCCCGGAGUGCCGGAGACCACUGCGGUCAUGGCUGCCUACUUCUUCUGUGUGGCGCUGGGAUACACCAACAGCAGCCUGAACCCCAUCCUGUAUGCUUUCCUUGAUGAGAACUUCAAACGCUGCUUCAGGGACUUCUGCUGCCCAGGUCGGACCUCUGGGAACGGGCAUGGCGUCAGUCGGGUCAGAAGCACUCUUCGCGAGCACACGUGCCCAGCAGAGGCCAAAGGGGACGGGGGCCAAGGUCGACCCGUAUGACUAGCCGUGGAGCUGUCGUCCUUUCAUGGUCAAGAGGACUCAAAUGACCUGGGACUGACACAGAUCACCACCGCCAUGUGAGGAAGAGAUUGUGCCCUUUACCUUUAGAAAAAUGGGCUAACUAGUGCUAGAGCAAAAAGGGAUCUUUUAGCAAAAUCAUUUACCCCUUUCACACAUACGGAUUUGACUGGAAAAUUACCGGUAAUUUGCCGUAAAGAGGUCAUGUGUGAAUAGGCCCUUUUUAAAAAUAAAAAAUCGUUCCAGCAAUUUUACCGGUAUGAGAAGUAACAUUACCAGUAAAUUGCCGGAAUGAUGCUGUGUGUGAACGCAGAAUGAAAAUGACCGGUAUGAGCAUGUAUGAGUUCAGAAUGCGCUAAUGUCUACUCCGGGCCAAUCCAGAGCCUUUGAAAUACAAACUUCAAUGGCUGUGGGCCAAUCAUAACAUUCUGACACAGAUGGCGCAUUUACUCCAUGCUGUGUAUUUCAGUUUGAAGUCGUCUAAUAUGAUGUCUCUGGGCCAAAAGAAGCUGCAUGAAUGUGAUUGUUUGACACAAAAAUGAAAACAUCAACAAAAACACUGGCCGCGUUUUCCCCACUAUGUUUACAAACACAACACCAUGAGGCACAUUUCCGUUUAAUUUUGUAACAGAAUAUACCGGUUUUGAAAUUUUAAACCAAUGUGUGAAUGGUGCUUUACCGGAAAAAAGACGGAACGCCAUUGCCCUUGUGAAGAGUGCAUCUUUUAAUUUACCGGUAAAGUCGUUCCGGUAAUUUUACGGCAAUUUACUGGUAUUACUGUGUGAAAGGGGUUUCGUAUUUCCAUAUUCAGAUUUUGAUAGUACGCUAUAAGAAAAUAAAUAAAACUUUAAACAUUUAAGUUUACAGUAAAAAUCCAUACAUUAUAUUUUAUUAACUGAUAUAAUGUGAAAACACCAACCUAGUAAAAUUUUUAAAUAUGUUUUAUGCUUUUAUAAUAUGUUGACAACCACCAAAAACACAAAGUGGUAAUGAGAAAGCCACAUGAUGAAUCAAAGCUUAUCACAAGUAACUUUUCCACAAGGGGUUGAUAUUAAUAUACAGAAGAUUUACAUGAAUAUACAUGACUCUAAAAUAAUGCAGUAAACAUUAAUUCACUAACUUAAACCCUAAUGUACAUAAACGAUAAAAAAAACAAAGAAACUGUUAUUUCAAUCAAAAGCCAUCAAAUGUGAAGUGUCACACAGGAAUGUCAAUUUACAUUUUUUUUCACUGUAAAUGAUAGGAUCACUUGUGGGGUUUUUUUCAUGUCCCAUUAUUAUAGUUUUUCCUAAUAUAUAGUAAGGGAAUUACCAUUAAGAUAAAAUAUGAUCGUUUCUUACAGUGUAUCACUUCAAAUCUACAGUGUAUCACUUCAAAUUCAAAUCUAGUUUAUUGCUUUUUUGAAUAUCCAUUGACCAAAUAUGUGAUUAUUAUUAAAAUGAUUAAAAUCUGGUCCCUCACAAUCAAAUGACAUGCUCAAAGAUCCUUUUGCGUAAUAAGUCCUUUGGGAUAUAUAGUAUAUUAGGCAUCAUAUUUUAAUUCUAACUUAUAGUUUCAUUUGAGUAGAUAUGAAAAAUAAAAUAAAAUAGUGUAGCCAAAAACUGCAAACAAAAACACUGUAUGUAUGCGUCUGUUUUUCAACUGUAAAUACAUACAUAUAUACAGUGCUCUCCACUAAUAUUGGGCAAAUAUAUGAGCAAAUGCAGCUGUGAAAAUAAAUCUGCAUUGUUUAUCCUUUUGAUCUUUCAUUCAAAAAAUUCACAAAAUUCUUACCUGUCAUUGAAGUAAAACAAUUGAAAGUGGGGAGAAAAUCUCAUUGUGAAAUAAAUGCUUUUUCUAGUUCAUGUUGGCAACAAUUAUUGCAACAUACAGUAUUUUUCCCAAUAUAACAGCUCUGAGUUUUGUUUUCUCCUAUAAUGCCUGAAGAGUUUGGAGAACAGUUGAUAAGAGAUCAGAGACCAUUCCUUCAUACAGAAUCUCUCCAGAUCCCUUAGAUUCACAGCUCCAUGAUGGGCUUCUCUUCAGUUCACCCCACUCAUUUUCUAUAGGGUUCAGGUCACGGCCCAUUAUGAGAUUUCUAACAGAGGCAGACAGGUUUAGAUUUUUUUUUAAUCUGUUGGUAUUUGAUAGAAUCAAAGAU